CGUGAUUGUCAAAUGGACUAUUCGUCAUCACCUGUGUUUUCCUUUCUAUUUUUUUAAUUUACUCAAAAUAAACAUGAAGGUCUUCGCUUUCGGCGAACUGAACACAUUCGAGCUGUUUGUCUUGCUCACUGUGAUUCCAACUGUAUUUUCUUAUUUAUGGUAUUUAAUUGGUGGUGAUAUUUUGAACUUUGAAAGCAGCAAGCUCUCCUAUACAAUAUACACCGCACAAGAUCCUGUGAAUUGCUAUCAGGACUAUGAGAGGAAGGAAAACACUAAUGCAUAUUAGUGAAAUAAUAAUCUGUUACUUCUGCAUAUUAGUGAAAUAAUAAUCUGUUACUUCUGCAUAUUAGUGAAAUAAUAAUCUGUUCGCGUUUUAUUUGUAUUUAUUAUGAAAGAAUAACAAAUUCUAUAUAAAUAUUUGUAAAUCUGAUAAAAUUUUAAAAUUAAAAUUGAUAUACAUAUGUAUGCAA